CGGCCGCGUUUCUCCGGCUGCCGGCGGCGGCGGCUCCCGCCGCUCGCUGCGGGGAUUCGCCUUCCGCCAGACGUUCCCGCCGAUGAGCGCGGGGCCGCUCCGGCGUCGCUCAGCGGUUUCAGCGUGGCACGAGGUCCUCGCGGGGGCGCGCCCCGCCAGGCCUCGGCAUGCCGUCGUCGGUGCGAGCGGGGAGCCUGAAGGACCCCGAGGUGGCCGAGCUCUUCUUCAAGGAAGACCCCGAGAAACUCUUCUCGGACCUGCGCGAGAUCGGCCACGGCAGCUUCGGCGCCGUCUACUUUGCACACGACGUGCGCACCAACGAGGUGGUGGCCAUCAAGAAGAUGUCGUAUAGUGGGAAGCAGUCCAACGAGAAAUGGCAGGACAUCAUCAAGGAAGUGAAGUUCCUGCAGAGGAUCCGCCACCCCAACAGCAUCGAGUACAAAGGGUGUUACCUGCGCGAGCACACCGCCUGGCUGGUGAUGGAGUAUUGCCUGGGCUCAGCCUCGGACCUCCUGGAAGUUCACAAGAAGCCUCUGCAGGAAGUGGAGAUCGCCGCCAUUACGCACGGCGCCCUGCAGGGGCUGGCCUACCUGCACUCGCACAACAUGAUCCACAGGGACGUGAAGGCGGGAAACAUCCUGCUGACGGAGCCGGGACAGGUCAAGCUGGCCGACUUUGGCUCCGCCUCCAUCGCCUCGCCCGCCAACUCCUUUGUGGGGACGCCCUACUGGAUGGCGCCUGAGGUGAUCCUGGCCAUGGACGAGGGCCAAUAUGACGGCAAAGUGGACGUCUGGUCUUUGGGCAUCACCUGCAUCGAACUUGCCGAGAGGAAGCCGCCCUUGUUCAACAUGAACGCCAUGAGUGCCUUAUAUCACAUCGCGCAGAAUGAGAGUCCCACGCUGCAGUCCAGCGAAUGGACCGAUUACUUCCACAACUUCAUCGACUCUUGCCUUCAAAAAAUCCCACAAGACCGGCCGCACUCGUACGACAUGCUGGGCCACGCGUUCAUGCAGCGCGAGCGUCCCGCCUCGGUCCUGAUGGACCUCAUCAUGAGGACCAAGGACGCCGUGCGCGAGCUGGACAACCUGCAGUACCGCAAGAUGAAGAAGAUCCUCCUGCAGGAGGCCCACAACGGACCGGCGCCGGAAGCGCCCGACCCGGACGAGGAGCCGGAGGCGGGCGGCGGGCGCGCCGGCACGGUGAACAGCGUGGGCAGCAACCAAUCCAUCCCCAGCAUGUCCAUCAGCGCCAGCUCGCAGAGCAGCUCCGUCAACAGCCUCAACGACGGCGCCCACGACAGCCGCAGCGAGCUGGACCUCAUGGACGGCGACCACACCGUCAUGUCCAACAGCUCCGUCAUACACCUCAAACCCGAUGAAGAGGAGGCUUUCUCGGGCGACCAAGCCUCGGCGGGCGGCCAACCGACGGAGGCUCAGGUCUCGACGGCGGCGGCGGCGGCGCGUCCCAGGAAGCAUCAGCGCAACCGAGAGCACUUUGCCACCAUCCGCACCGCCUCCCUGGUGACGCGCGAGAUGCAGGAGCACGAGCAGGACUCGGAGCUGCGUGAGCAGAUGUCGGGCUACAAGCGCAUGCGGCGGCAGCACCAGAAGCACCUGCUGGCGCUGGAGAACAAGUUGAAGGGCGAGAUGGACGAGCACCGCCUGCGUCUGGACAAGGAGCUGGAGGGCCAGCGCAGCAACUUUGCCCAGGAGAUGGACAAGCUGCUCAAGAAGCACCACGCCUCGCUCGACAAGGACCUGAAGACCUUCGCCACCGACGAGAAGAAGUUCCAGCAGCACAUUCAGCUGCAGCAGAAGAAGGAGCUGGGCGGCUUCCUGGAGUCGCAGAAGCGCGAGUACAAGCUGCGCAAGGAGCAGCUCAAAGAGGAGCUGAGCGAGAACCAGUCCACCCCCAAGAAGGAGAAGCAGGAGUGGCUGUCCAAGCAGAAGGAGAACAUCCAGCACUUCCAGGCCGAGGAGGAAGCCAACCUGCUGAGGAGGCAGCGGCAGUACCUGGAGCUGGAAUGUCGGCGCUUCAAGCGCAGAAUCCUCAUCGCCCGCCACAACGUGGAGCAGGACCUCGCCCGAGAGGAGCUGAACAAGCGUCAGACGCAGAAGGACCUGGAGCACGCCAUGCUGCUGCGGCACCACGAGUCCAUGCAGGAGCUGGAGUUCCGGCAGCUGGCCGGCAUCCACAAGGCGCGCGCCGAGCUCAUCCGCACGCAGCACCAGACCGAGCUCACCAACCAGCUGGAGUACAACAAGAGGAGGGAACGAGAGCUCCGCCGCAAGCACUUUAUGGAGGUUCGCCAACAGCCCAAGAGCCUCAAGUCCAAGGAGCUCCAGAUCAAGAAGCAGUUCCAGGAGACGUGCAAGACUCAGACCCGGCAGUACAAAGCCCUGCGCAACCACCUUCUGGAGAGCACGCCCAAGUGCGAGCACAAGGCGCUGCUCAAGAGGCUCAAGGAGGAGCAGACCCGCAAGUUGGCCAUCCUGGCCGAGCAGUACGACCACUCCAUCAACGACAUGCUCUCCACGCAGGCGCUGCGUCUGGAUGAGGCUCAGGAAGGCGAAUGUCAGGUUCUGCGCGUGCAGCUGCAGCAGGAGCUGGAACUGCUCAACGCUUACCAGAGCAAAAUCAAAAUGCAGACGGACGCUCAGCACGACAAAGAGCGGCGCGACCUGGAGCAGAGAGUCAGCCUCAGGAGGGCGCUGCUGGAGCAGAAGAUCGAGGAGGAGAUGCUGUCUCUUCAGAACGAGCGUUUGGAGCGCAUCCGUUCACUUCUGGAGCGUCAGGCCCGUGAGAUCGAAGCCUUCGACUCCGAGUCCAUGAGGCUGGGCUUCAACAACAUGGUCCUGGCCAACGUGGCCCUCGACCCGCAGGGCGGCUGGGGCGGGGGCGGGGGCGGCGCCGCCCCAGGGGGCGGCCACUGGCCCGCCGGAGGCGGCCCCGCCAUGGCCGGGGCGCCGCCCCCCUGGAGCCUCCAUCUCCCGGCGGGCGGGGCCCAGAGAGGGGCCGGCGGGGUGAGGAACAGCCCCCAGGCCUUGAGGAGGACGUCGUCGGGGGGGAGGAGCGAACAGAGCAUGAGCAGAAGCGCCAGCAUGGCCUCCAACGCCUCGCACCUCUCCUUCACCUAGCGCGCGCGCGCGCGCACCCGAUGACGUCACCGCCACGACACCGAGGUCAGCGUGGGGCUCGCGGGCAGCGCUGGAAACAAAACACAGAAGCGACAUCACCACCCGACGCGGCCGGAAGCUCAUUCCGGUUUCGCGUCGCGCCGGCUGAGGCGUCGAAAGCGCAUCGCGCUAGGCUAGCGUCGUCUUUGUGUCAAAGGGUUGGGACCCUGAUUUCAAACCCGACACUCUUGCAUACCCUUAACCCGCUUUCAGAAUUCUGAUUUAAAACCCUCAGCCUACUUUGAAAUCCCAACCCUACUUUUUAGAUGCAUUGGGGUCCCAGUAACCCCUUCGCGUCAAGCUCGUGUCAUGUCUGCCAUUUCAGCGCCGUGCUAAAGUCAUUUUCAUGUCCCGUGAGUGACGUGACUCGAUGACGUGUCAUGUAUGUACCACCACUCGUCUCGCUUUGUCGUAGCGCCGCAUUAGUUUCUCCUCAGCGUCCAAGUAGCGUCAUGUGUCACGUCUUCGCCUCACGCUCGGCUUAUAUUUGCGUCACGUCUGCCAAGGUGGCGUCAAAGUUCUGCCACGUGAGUGUCUACCGUGCUAAUGUCACGUUAGCACCACGCUAGCGUCAUCGUGGUCCAGUCCCUCAUGUUAGCGGUGUAUUUGUGUGCUGUCUGCCGCCAAUUGUGUCGGCAUCACGUUGUCUCCUGUUAGCGUCAUAUUAGGAACCCACCGGUGGGGUGGGCUGGGGUCGGGGGCUCCAACUUAAUGUUUAAGUGAGCUAGGCAGCGUCCAGGCUUGUUGCCCCAUCAUUCGGUGAGACGCUUCACCAUAUUUGGCAACAAAAAUGCCACUUUUUCUGACGCAAAGAAUAUGUUUUGCCAGAGAAGAGCUCCUUCUCACCACCACCCCGAAGCAGAAGGAUUCGACCGCAAAUCUGUAAUUUUGCGACAAAUUGGCCAUAGCCGGCCCGAGCCAAAUCGGAGGCUGAGCAACCACUCAAAUAUUCUGUGACGGAGAUGCUCGCCCUUGUGCCGAAAACGUUUGUACACAGAAAGGCUCGCUCCCGCUUGAAAGACUGAGUCGCAA